CACACGUUCACCUCACGACGCGUUUUGUUGAUGAUAACGCGUCUCUAUUCACUUCACACCCCUCCGCGACUUCAUGCAAGCACUAGUUCACGCUGCCUGACACAUCACAGGGCUGAUACAGAUGUCGACAUUGCUUGAAUUGCUAAAGUCCCCAACACUCUCUUCGAUCCUUUUUCCCUUGUUCCCCCUCAUCCCUUAUCCAUAAGACAAAGAGCAAACUGGCGCCAACAUGGCCGACAAGCAUAUCUAUUCGGCAACCUACAGCAAUGUAAGGCUCUAUUCUUUGUCCCUUUGCCGUCUAUUGCUAACUCUUUUCGCACAGGUCCCCGUCUAUGAACUCAAAGUUGGUGGUGAUCAUGUCAUGCGCCGCCGCUCCGAUGAUUGGGUCAAUGCAACACACAUCCUCAAGAUUGCCGGCUUUGACAAACCUGCCAGAACCAGAAUCCUAGAACGAGAAGUCCAAAAGGGUGUUCAUGAGAAGAUUCAAGGUGGUUAUGGCAAAUACCAGGGCACCUGGGUACCUCUCGCUGAAGGGCGCUCCCUGGCCGAAAAACAUGGCAUCAUUGAUCGCAUUUCCGCAAUCUUUGAUUUCGUUGCUGGCGAUAGAAGCCCGCCCCCAGCUCCCAAACAUACCACUGCUGCAUCAAGCCGCCCCAAACAAUCAAAAGCUGCUCCUGCCCCAAAGAAGGCACCGCCUGCUCCAGCCCCAGCAUAUCAGCCCGUCGAAGCGUACGACAAUGCCAGUAUAAAUUACAACGGCUCUGCCGCAAGUAGAGAGAUGACACCCACUUCCGCCUCCUUCAUGGCCGACGAUGACUUCAUCCCACUCUCGCAGAACUCCACCGCAUCCAAGAAGCGAAAGAGAGACAUGGAAGAGCCUAUCUUGACCGCUUCCGACCUGGAGCAUACCAUGUAUGGAGAUGAACUUCUAGACUAUUUCGUGACGGCCGGCGAUGAUCCAAAUGCAUCCAAUAUCCUACCUCCUGAACCUCCCCCAAACUUUGAUGUUGACAGACCAAUCGACAACCAAGGCAACAACGCUCUGCACUGGGCGUGUGCCAUGGGCGACGUUCAAAUCGUUCGAGACCUUCUUGCCCGUGGUGCCAAUCCUGCCGCUACCAAUGAAGGCUCGCUCGAGACUCCUCUCAUUCGGGCCGUGCUGUUUACCAACAAUUACGACAAGAAGACCUUCCCCAAGAUCGUCGCUGCCUUGUCCAAGACCAUCGUGGAACGCGACUGGCACGGCGCCACCGUCUUCCAUCACAUUGCCGAAACCGCUCGUUCUCGUAGCAAGUGGACGUGCGCCAAGUACUAUUGUGAUGUCCUCAUCAACAAGAUGCAAGAGAUGGGCUCAAACUAUGUUCAAGCUCUUCUUACCUCGGUCGAUAAGAACCAUGACACUGCUGCACUUUGUGCUAUUCGAAACGGAUGCGUCAAAGUCGCCACCUUCCUUCUGAAUCACUGCCCAGAAGCUGGUGAUAUCCACAACCUCAACGGCGAAAGUGCCAACGAGUAUCUGCGAUCCCUGCGCGAGAAGAAAGAAUCUCUGGAGCAACCAGGCUCGUCUCCACCUCGGGCCAACGAGUCUUUCAGUGUGAGACUCUCCCGCAAGAAACGCCAGAAGGAGGCCGUCUCCAGGGCAGCCUCUUUGGUUUAUGACAAGAUUGGGCCCCUCAUCGACGAAGGAAGUUUCAAACUCGCUGAAAUGUAUGAUGCUCAAAUGGCCGAGAGAGACCUUGAGAUUACCGAAGCCAAACAAACACUGAUCGACAUCGAAAAUCAGCGAAGCAAAGUCCGUCAAGAGACCUUCGCUUUGAUGGCCAAGCUAGAGGACGCGUCCCGAACUGAGGCACUGCGCCAGCAGUAUGACUUCUUGCUUCGGGAUAUGGAAUCUCUUCUCGAGCAGAAAGAACAACGCAUUCUGCAGCAGGAGAUUAUGCUUCAGGACCAACAGAUCAAUCCUCAGGCCUUCCGCUAUGCCAAUAAUCAACAAUUGACCCGAGAUGAGAUCCGCGCUGCCAUCCCCGCCGCGCGCGAGCUCUAUCGCGAACAAGAGAAGCGCAGACAGUUGGUCAGAGAAAUCGCUCGUCUGAAUGGUGAUGCUGGCACCAGCGAAAAGGUUGGUAAACAUCGAAAGCUUGUCUCUAUUGCCACUGGUCUCAAGGAAGAGGACCUGGAUAGCAUGUCGGAGGAGCUGCUGCGCAGUUUGCAAGCCGAUCAAGCCGGAGUCGGUCCCGGCAUGGAUCUUGAUAUAGGCAUGGGCGGUGGAAUGAGUGCUGUCGCUGGGGACAUGUCUCUCGUCAAUGGACCUCAGACGCCUCAAAAUGUAAUGAAUGCUUAGGAUACUUGACUGGGAUCUGCAGGAUCGUGUAAUAUGUUAGUGUAUUGGCGCAGCAACUCGCCGCGAUGAAAUGAAUGUCACGAAUAUCAUGAUGAAUAAAAAC